UAGAGCAAGAGCCUAAUCGACCGUUUUAAGGAAGGCAUCACAUUGGAUAUUCUGAACCGAAAAUCAGGAACUCGAAUUCAGUACUCAAAGCCACUUGCCACCGUUUAUCGRGAAUAUCUCCAUCAGAAUUCAGUGCCAUUAGUCAAAUCGUGAAAAUGAAGUACUGACACGUGUAUGUUUAUCGUUGAUCUAGAAUAUUUUGUAGGUCCCACAUGAUCAUUUGCCGCUGCGAUAAAAUGCCAUAUUCCACAUCAACAGUGAGAGAUGGAUGGAUGAAUUGUUUUCGGUAAGUGUACGUUAGUUCAUCGCUCGAGACUAAAUUGUAAUAGGACAGCUCCGUAUCCGUCUUAAACGAGACGAACUGGAAAAAGCCCGAAUAUUUUGCUUUGUUUUAACAGAAAAGCUCCUGAGCUCUUCUCUCUUCGCACAAUCGCACUUGGGUUUCGGUUGUCUCUUAUCGCACUCCUGAUUGAAGAAAAGAUUUGGAACAGAUUACAGAAGGACGUCUCUGCCUUCCUCUGGACUCUGGAGCCAGGCGACAAGGAGAGACAAUUCAAGCUCAAGGUACGCUUCUUUGUCUCCUUCCUCUUCUCUUUAUCCAUCUUUUUUCAAUAUGCCAAGACGGGAGCUGUUUGUGUCACAUACGGAAACGGAGUUCAUUGUGUCAGAUUCCGGUUAGUGUUCUUUUUAGUUCUUAGAGCCACGCUACAUCGGUUGGAUCGUCGUCGGUUUCCGUCAGCGAAACGAACCGAAAUUUGGACUCCGCCGUUUAUUCCGGCUGCAAAGAUAUUGGUAAAAUAAGGGUGAAGAUGCUGCUAAGCAUGAAGAAGACGUCCUACUCGUGGUGGUUUGACAGUCACAGCAGCCAAAGACGCUCUCCAUGGCUCCAGUCCACUAUUUCUGAGCUUGACGAGAAGAUACUGGCUAUGUUGAAACUGAUUGAAGAAGAUGCAGACUCCUUUGCAGAGAGUGCUGAGAUGUAUUGUAAGAAGCGGCCAGAGUUGGUUAACAUGGUUGAGGGUUUAUACCGGGCCCACCGCUCCUUAGCAGAGCAAUUUGAUMAGCUCAAGUUAGAAUCUGGGAUCCGCCAAAUAACACCACCAGGAUGCCCUUUCAACGGCAGAUACCAGACAUGCAAAUUAAGAAGAGAUGGGGAGAUAUCCUAUGACAGCUACUCUGAUGCUUUUGAUUUUGAGGAUUCUGGGGAGUCUGAAGUUGAUGACCCUGAACAAGAAGAAAAAACCCAAGCCCAAGAUGACAGAGAAAUGAGGGAAGAAGAAGUUUCUAGUCGAGCUGGUGACAGUGUCAGCGAAAUAAUGAAGCUGAGAGAAGAACUAGAGAGACUCAAGGAGGAAAAUAGGAUCCAAACAGACCAGCUAAUGGAGAAAGAUGAGGAGAAGAGGGAGGUCAUAAGACAGCUUAGUUUAUCUGUAGAGGUCAUGAAGAAGGAAAGUACAGAUUUGAGGAAGACUGUAGCCAAAGCCAAGGGUUCAUCCAAGGGGAGUCUCUUUGAACUUGGCAGGUUGAAGGCAGCCUUCUCAAUGAAGCUAUUUUAACGGGUCUCUGAAACCCCAAACUAGUCUUCUAGGAAAAGCGGAAAACUAUUCCUUGUCCAGAAAACAAUGUAGUCUAUAGAACAUCCCUCAUAUAUAAACAGAAAUAGGGUAUACAAUUUCACAGAAAUUACACCUUCCUUUUGCUGUGGUCUUAGGUUAGAAUUGUUGAGUUUCUCACUUUUUUUAUUGGGGUUUUCCCUUUUCAAUAGGCUUUCAGAGUCAAUCAUAUAGUAUAAUUUUGAGUUCAAUUGAAUAUGUUCUUUCUAGAUGGCUUCCCAAUUACUGACCUUGGGAAAAGGUUUCACUUUCAUCACUGGGCGCAUCUAUAGUGUUUAAAUGUUGUAUUUUAUUCCAAAGCAACUUUAUAUUGUGUUUUUUUCUUCAUAAGUAGCUUUAUACUUUUAUCAUUAGAUGCAUCACUACAUUGUCAGAAGGAUGAAAUGAUAUGUCCUAAUUUAGGACGCCAUGAACACAAAAGAAGCGCUAUCAAUAAAACCUUUUACAGCGGAUAACAUAGUUAAAUUUGUUUAAUUUCAGCUCCUCUUCAAUCUUCACCUACAUGUUUUUUACUCUUUCUUGGUACACCAGGAAUGAUUUAAACAGCAGGCGUGAAAGUAAAAGUCCUCUAGGCUCUAGUACAUGGUUCUAUUUAAGGUGUCCCCAGUCCCCCUACUGGGCUCCUCCUCUGUUGGUCGCUGUGUCACAAGGCGGCCAGAAGGUUGUGUGGCUGCCUGGUUUCCCUCUCUUAUAAUGUGGCUCAAAACGACAUCAAUCAAGUACUGGCUUGUUGGCCCCAGUUGGGGCCUUGGUAAGGCAUUUGACUAACUGGGCAAAGGUGAAAUGACAGUGCCGACCGGCCGAGGUUGGGAAAUGUGUGAGGUUGGUGGUGUCCCAUUGUGCGGUGUGGGGCUUUACUCUGGGUCCGUGGCAGCUUUGAACAACUCUCAGAUGGGUCUCUCUGUCUCUAGACAUCUAGACUCUAGAGUCUAGACCUUUGGAACUACGAAUCAUCUCUGAGAUAUGGCUUAGUUGAUUGGAAGACAGAUUGUGAGGAACUCUCAGCCUCUUACCCUGUAAGCUGAACCUCCAUGGUUGAGUUUUGGAAAACAGGCAGGACCCUUAUUCACAUGUUGUCUCUGACUCUGAUGUUUACACAGAACCAUGUGAGCCACCCAAAUCAUUUAGCUAAAGUCCAUGCAACUGACCCACCUUCUCUCUUAAGUGUCAUAGAUCAAGACAAGAGAUAAACCAAAAAUUUUAAUUAUUGCGUAAACAAACCCACCAGCAGGAAUACCAAAGAAACACAGAAACCUCCCUUAAAUCCCUCAAUUUAAUACAAGACAAGAGAUAAACCAAAAAUUUUAAUUAUUGCAUAAACAAACCCACCAGCAGGAAUACCAAAGAAAUACAGAAACCUCCCUUAAAUCCCUCAAUUUAAUAGAAUAAAUUACAACCAAUUAUAAAAUUAAAACAAACAAAAAUAAGCAUAUAAUACAGCAGGAUUCAGGAAUGCCAAACCCAUACGUCUUACCUACAUCACAAACAACACCAUGUACUAGAAGUUUUAAGGGAGAGAAGAAAUUGAAGAUCUACAGGCAUGAAAUGAGAAUUGGGG